UAAAUAGUUGUUGCAAGCUUUGAAAUCUUAAAUUUCAUGUCGAAUUUUCCGAAAUAAGAUGUAUUUGAUUUAAUAUUUGAUAAAUAUUUAUGAUAGUUUCUAAUUUUUCUUGUGAAAUUUUGUACUUUUGCUAGCUGCCUUCCAUAUCUGCUUGAAAAUAAAAUUGUAUUAAAUCUGUUCAUUAACCAGUCAGUAAAACGUUAGGUAAGUGAGUAGAUAUUUUUAAAAUUUUCGUAAAUUAGUGUUGAACUGGCGUCAUUGAAUUGAAAAGACCACCAAGACAAGACCAAGUGCUGAUUAGAUUUAGAGAAUAAAAUAAAUAAUUAAAGACACAUACUUCAUUUGUCAUUUCAAUAAAUAAUGUUUGGCGGGGUAGAUGGCAAAAGUGGGCCAGAAUGUUUGGCUGGGUAUAAUGGACAGUAUGCCUCUACUAUUUGGUACAAAAACCUAUGUGACCAUUUCACAAACAACUUCCCAGUGGGGACACAUUGGAGGUAUUUUAAAAAGUACAAGAACUGUUUUUCUGCAUGUGAUGCUGUCACCUGGUUGACCUCUGAACUGACCACAAAAUAUUUCAAGGCCAAUGCAGAUAGGAAAAAAACGACAGCUCUUUUAAAAAUGAUGCAUAGAAUGCAUGAAGUGUUUGAAGAUGUGAGAGGUGCUGAGUUCAACUCAGAGCCAUUUGAAGAUAAUGCAAGAUUGUUUAGAUUCAAACAUUUUGAAUUCAUCACUUUCUAUGAUGGACUGCUAGCCAUUAACACUGCAGAUCCCACUGCAACAACAAUGACGAACAAUCCUCCUGGAGUUAUAUCCAUACCUCUGCAUAGAAAUCUGAACCAAUCCAAAUCGGAAUCAUCUCUGAAGAUAUCGAGAAAAAGUGAGUACACGCCUACGUCUUCAUUGUCUUCGAAAGAUGAUAACUCUCCCAAAAAAUUUAGCAACUCAACUGGAGAUUUGAGUAUGAAAGAUGAUGCAGUAAAAAUGUGCAAAGUUCCUGACAACUCCACGACUCCCUUGGAAGGUGUGGCACAUCCUGCUGUGGGAAUGAACAUCAGUAGUAGUAAGAACAUCAAUGAAGGCAACGAGAUGAUGAAUGACGAUGACGUCGAAAUGAGUGAUGGCUUCACAACUGUCAUCGUUGCUGACUAUACCACCUCAAGCAGCGUGACAUUAACUGAGAGGAACCUCAUUAACAAAAGUAAAAAUAACCUCUCAUUAAUUGAACAUUCAACGACAAAGGACCAAAUUCAUCCCAUUCGUAAAUCAAGAAGUGCUGAAAAUUUCCAACUGGUGCAACAUUCCAACAUUGGUAUAGUCACCACUACUGAAAACAACUUAAACCUCAACACCAAUGACAGCAACAUCAAAAGUUUCCCAAUCGACAUCAAUCACAACAACAGCAAUGACAACAACCAAAACAAUGAUUCAUCUAUUCUUCCUCCUCGUAUCUGCUGGGGAAAACUCAGAAAACCGGUAUUGUUUCUUGCGACUGCAGCAGCAACAAAAACGUCAACAAUCUCGGCAGUAGCCACACCAGCAACAACAACCGCACCAGCAACAACAACUGCAUUAGCAGCAACAGCUGCCACAACAGUGAAGAGGAAAUUCUCACUUCCUCAUUUUAAUGGGAUCAAUUUAGAACCUUCUUCCAUCUACGAUGACAACAGCAGAGUCAGUCACUCUGCUAGUAGUAGCCUCCAGCAACACGUAGCAGAACUCAGAAGUAGUAGCAACUGCAGCAGCAGCAAUAUUGAAAAGGUUCCUGGAGUAAGAUCACUGGCUGCUUCGACUCCAUCUUCUCCUGUUUUUAAGAAGAUGAAAAAUAGUUUACAAACCAUCCUCAAGUAUAAGAUCAGAUUGUCAUCUUUCAACAACAACAACAACACUAAUCAAAUUAAUGUGAACAACAACAACAACCCUCCUAACAUUAUCAAUAACAUCAACAACAAUAUUGUCUCCUACAAUACUGAUCACGGGAGUAAAAUCAUAUCCAAUGACAAUCACAACAACAACAUCAAUGACAUUAAUGUUUUAACAACACCUAACAACAAGAAUAAAGUUUCAAUUGCUAGCAAUAACAUCAACUAUACAGAUAUAAAUGACACCAGUUCUGCGAGUUCUGAAAAAAACUACAAUCUCGUGUAUGGCGUCAAUGACAUUAACAUAGAUUCUAAACCCAUUUUAAGUAGUGCUUUUGAUAUCAAAGGCAACGCCAACCAUCUCACAUCAACUGUUAAAAAGAGUGCAUUAACAACAAAUUCACUACAAAAACAUGCCAAAAAUUAUUUCAAAUCUCCAUUAUCUAUUAAAAGUAGUCCCCUGGAAAUGGGAAAUUCCAAAUUAAAAUAUUUCUCGGGGAAUUCCAGUUUACAAUGGAUUGAUGAUCAAAAUAGCAUAUUACAUCAUCAUGAAGAUGAUGAAGACGAAGAAGAUGAUGAUGGUGGUUGUUAUAAUUUACAGCAAUUCUUAAUGAUAGAGGAUAGAAAAGAUAAACUUCAAAAGCGAGGCAGUGAUGAUUUACUGAAGAUUCAGCUACAGCAGCAAUUUGAUCAUUUGCAUCAACUGCUACAAAAAUCAGUUGCAACAACAAUGACAACAACAACGGCAACUACAUCAGUUGCAGCAGUAACAACAACAACGACACCUACAACAACAUCAACAGCAGCCGUAACUGCCAUCACAAAAAAUUCAAAUAGUCGUAUGCUUUCUUUUAUGGAAGCUCUAAAUAUGCCCUCCACUGAAUCACUGACAUCCAAGCCAACAAAAAAACACAACAACUACAGCAACAAUCUCACCACAAACAACAACAGCAACAAUUGUAUCAACAAUUUUAAUGGCAUUAGUGAGAUGAUAAGCUUCAUUGACAAUCUCAACAACAAUAUUAAUAAUGAAAAUAUUCAUGACAACAACGAAACCACCAACACCAACAGUUGCAACAACAACGACAACUGCAAUAACAACAACAGCCAUAACAACAACAACAGCAAAUAUAAAAGUAACGGUAACAGUUUAUCAGCUGGUCCUCAUAGUAAUGCAUUCAAAUUUGCGUUAAUAUCCAACAUAUGUCGUGUACUGAAGAUUAGAGAUGUUAACUCAAUCACGUCACCUCAUCAUCUUAAUGGUGACAUCAUCAAGUUCAAUUGCAUUCAUCAUGAUGACGACGACGAUGACGUCAGUUACAUUAAUAUCAAUGAUCAUGAUGACGAUCAUCUUAAAAGUGUUCCUCGUGAGAUCAAAGAUGAGAUUAAGAAUAUGAUAAUCACCUAUGAUGAAAAUGAUUAUGAAGAAGAUGAUGAGGGUGAUAAAGUUAAAUCAUCAUUUGCUGAUAUAAUGGCUUCAUUCUACAAAAUCUUGAGUUACUUUUUACCAGAUUUUUUCUUGGCUGCACUUUUCAAACUCUAUGAUCUCUGCCACCUAACUGGGAAUGUUGAAACAACCGAAAGACCUAUCCACCAAGUGCAGUUUGAAAAAGUUCUGCGACAGCAGCAAAGUUUUAAAAGUUCCGCACCACCGACAGCCGCAGUAGCUACUGUGGCAUCAGUCGCAACAACUAAUACUACUAAAUUACUUCCUAGUAAUACUAAAAUUGGGAGUGGCGCACCUAUCACGAGGUGGCCAACUUCAAAAUGUUACUCAUCUAGUACUACCACAGAUACAGUUACUAAAAAUACUACCUCGGCUGCUAGCGUUACUGCAGUUACUCCCUCUACUUCUGAUGUGUGCAAUAAUGUUAAAGUAGCAAAAUCAAAUUAUAAUACUACUUGUGGCAAAGGUCAUAGUAGCAAUAAUAUUAUGAGUAAUAAUAAUGUUAUUAUAAAUAAUAAUUCUAUUAAUAAUAAUAUUAAAAGCAAUACUGAUUCCAUCGCUAAAGUAGUCAACAACGAUAUAAAUAAUGAUAAAGUGAUUGAUAUCAGUAACAUUCGCAGAGAGGAUGACGACGAUGUAUACAUCGACAUCAGUGUUAACGUUAGAGAUGACGAUGAUGUUGGCAAUGGCUGUUGUGAUGACGAUCUUAACGACCAACCAAUUGAAUCAAUUCACAAUAACUCCAUGGAUAUUGAUUAUACAGAUGAUGAUGAUGAUGAUAAGGAUGAUGUCGUUGCCUGUGAUAUCAAUCAUUCAAACGUUCACAAACUUAAUCAUCGUCGCCAUGAUCUUCUCGACAAUUCAAAUUAUAAUAAUAAUCUCACUCACCAUAAAAUUAACAACCAAUCAGAAAAGGCCUACCCAAAAAUGACCAAUAAGAUUGCAGCUAGACCCGUCACCCUUCCUUAUGUACCGCCCAUCGUAAUGAUGAGAAAUAAUGACGGCUCUUUCUUUUAUCCACUAAAAUUAGAGGAAGAAGAUGACGAUGAUGUCCUUAUUAAUAGUAAAAUCGUUAAUAAUGUUAAUAAUAGAAUAAAUAAUAAUAGCGACACAAAAAAUAAUUGUAAUGACGCUAGUAGCGUGAAAUAUUGCAACCCGAAUUACAGUUUCAUGAGUCCUGCUUCUAUUGAUAACUCGCAUUGCGUCGACAUCAGGUCUCUGACAUUAAAUGAAGACAUUAAUGAUGUUAAUGUCUGCCACACUGCUGAUGUCGACGCUAAAAGUUUAAAUGGUAAGUGCGUGACAUCAACUCGAGAACGUAUGCAUUCAGCUUUGAAAUGUGAUACGUCUGCUUUACCAAAGACUAGGGAAAUCAACGGUCGUGACAUUAAUGUUAAAAACAGUAACAACGUUCACAGUAUGCCCAACAAUGCCGUCAUUAAUAACAAACAAUACAUCAAUGGUAACGUGAACAAUAAUGCAAAACGUAGCAGCAAUAACAACAAACACCUCAAUAGCUCCAAUGUAAGUUGCCACGGUGGUAAACAACACAGGAGAACCGAUGAAAAAUUUGCAGAUUAUAAAAGUAAGCAAGCCACAUUUGAAGAUAAACUAGAUACUAAAGUUAAGAAAGACAACAAGGUUUGUGAAAAUAACGACUAUUCGACACUGGCUUCAAAAGAAAAUUGUGCUGUAACAAAUUUGCCAGGUUGGAGGUCGAGAUGUUGCACUAUGACCUCAAAGGACACAUUUAUUUUUUCUGGUGUAAAAUACACAUCCCAAAAUGGUGGUAACGUUAAUGUUGUGAAAGUAAACACAAACAACGACGAUGAUCUUCAUGAUUUAAAGCAAGGUAAUAAUAAACACAACAGCCUCAAUGGAACUUGUAAUAAUAAUAAUAACAAGGGCAUUGGAAGUUCUAGUGCUCUGGAGCACAUGAAGAAAUAUGCUUGUGAGGAUGAAAAUGAUGAUGGCAACCUCAUAAUUGCUAAUCCUUCUAUUAGAGGCAUCAUCAAUCCAACGCGACUGCAGGGUCUUGCAAAUAAAAAUUCAACAAAAUACAACUCUUCCAAUACCGUCACAUUAUCUCAUACUACCACCACUACUACAGUUAGUACUACAGCUGGUACUACAGCUGCUACUAGUAGCUCUCAUAAAAGAUACUACUCCACCAGUAUUACACAAAGCUGUAAGUGUAGAAGUAAUGGAGGUAGCAAAGAUGUGGAUGACGAUGAUGAGGAAGAGGAGGAGGAUGAUGAUUAUGAUGCUGACGAUGGUCUGUUCAAGUGUCGUGUUCUUGUUAACAAACAUUUCAAAGCUGGUGUUUGCCUGAAUGUUCAAAGGUUCAAAUCAUCUGUGCAGCUGUGCUCACUCACGCUACCAUGGAAAGCGAGACAUAUUUUGAGAUGUUUAUGCAAGUUUAUGAAGAACUUGAUGCUUGAGUGGGAGAAGAAAUAUCACUGCGACUCUAGAAGUUUCAUUGAGGUGUCUAAAAUGAAGAACAUGGCGGUUCAUCCUACCGGCAGAAUAUUUACUAAAAAUUAUAAAUAUGGAGAUAUCAAAGAGCAUAAAUAUGGCGAAAUAUUUAUCUUCUUCCUGGAUCAUUAUCAGGAUAUUCUAAAAAUUCCCAAGCUUGAUUUUAAUGUUGGAAAAGAAAAUUUAAAUACUUCAAACAUGGAUGGCUUGUCGUACUCGUUUUGUGAUCGAGUCAGUAGAUGUGAAUACGAGGAGCAGAGGACUUCGGAAACGAGGAGGGCCUUAGAAGAUCUGCUUAGUAUAAUUGUUCAUGAUUCUACCAUCAGUGAGAAGAAGAGGAAGUCGAGGAUUAAGAAAUUUGAGAAAAACUAUCCGGACAUCUUCAACAACAUCUAUCCACCUCUGUCUGUUCCUCUGGCGAGAAAGAACAGAAACAGCAACGACGACCGAAGAAGAAGGUUUGAUUCAACUCUACAUCGUAAGAUCCUAAUAGAGUUGAGUUUGAAGUAUGCAGAAAGGAUGCCUUACCUAAAUCAUGGUCGAUGUUUCGUUUAUAUCUGGCUGAAGUACUUCUUAUUGUAUUUUGACAAGCCCCUCGUUGUUCAUCACGACAUUUAA